AGGUUAACUUGUCACCUGCUUUUUUGCCCUUGAACAUUGGUGUUUAUAUGGUUGCUUGACAUACUUGUUGGCAGCAAAAAAAGGAGGUGACAUUUGCCCUCUGCAGCAGUGAACCUCCAGCUCCUGCCCCUGCACCGUGUAUCACUACAGCCCAGGACACAGAACUGGCCAGUUACACCUCUGCCCAUAGAGCCUGUGUUCUGUGGUCAGAUUGGUGUUGAACAUACAUUUGUCUCAUGCUCGCUGGAAACAUCUGAUCAUGCUGCCCAAGCCUGCAAAAUAAGCAGGUAACAUUCCACCCUCCUUCCUACAGGGAAGUCCAGGCUUGUGGGCUCCUCUCAACCAGAUGCCCUAGUGCAUGGAGGCCACUAGUGAUUACACACCCAGCUGGGAUGGGAGAAGACAAAGCUCUAGCAGUCUGAGACAUGGGUGUGUGUGUGCAACGCAUCUUUGUGGCUUCUAGAGAAGAUCUGCAAAGCUGCAGGUUGCAAAUAGCUCUGAAUCCUGGCAGGAAUAGGUAGCAAGAGAGAACAGCAGGGCAUAAGUGUCUAUAAGCACUCUGGAGAACUGCGAUGAAGCUGUCUGGGCUUCAUGGAAACCUUACGCCUCAAGAUUACCAGUUUGAAUCCAAAGCUGGUCGGUAGAUAGCGCAAAUCAUUUCCAUCUGACAUGUGUCUGCUUUAAAAAGAAACAGCAGCAUUGCAGCUUGGGCUUCUCAGCUAGAUCCAGCUUUGCUCAGCUCAGCAGAGAGACCAAGGAGUGACUGGACACCUUUAGAGGCGCUGUCUCCAAUGGAGGAGGAACAAGUGCUGGUUAGAAUGGCAUAGGGCAAGUUCAGCCUGGCAUGUAUCUCGUGGUCUCAGAGAGGAGUGCAGGCUGCAGGGCCUGAGUGUGGUUACAUACUGGCAUGGAACUCCCUGCAGACAAAAAGACUGAAAAGAGCCCAUGUGGGAAAUAUAGAUUAAUGUAAUUACCUGGUAGGAAAUUGAUCCAGGGAGGAAAUUGCAGGCAGUGGGAGGAAAUAGCCCAGCAAUGGGGCUAUUUCCAAGCUGUCAUGCUCAACAAGACUUGACUUUCAGCUUGGCCCAUGUGUUGGACUUUAAAUCCUUUUCAGCACCUUGUGGAUGAAGUUUACUUCUCAGUUAAAAGCCUGUUGUCUCCUCUUUAGUUCCUCCCAUCCCUUUCCUGACAUGAUCAUCAGAGAUCCCAUCUGCCAGAUGAGCCUUAAAUGUGAGUUCAGAAGAGCUGGACUUAUGUAGGGUCUUUAUUUCAUUUUUCCAGCUAUGCUGGAUUACUUUUAGACUUGGUGCAAGCAGAGGGCAGCUCCACUCCAGUCAAUUAACUUUCCCUUUGCUUUCACCAAACCCAAGUGCUGGUUGUAUUACUGCUGCAACCACAAAACAUUAUAACAAUCAUCGCUACUUCAGCAGCAUGGAGUGAGAGCUGCCUACUACUGCACAGCAGAAUCUUUUUUGCUCUCUGGGCAGGUCACGAGGCUCUCACGAACCCAGCAGAUGUUUUGCUCUGAAUCCUUCCCAAGCUCUGCACCCUUAUGCCCCUCAAAGCAAAACACCAUAAUAAAGAAGCCAUAUUUCAUGCUCCGAAGGCAUGUUCCGGCUAUUGCAAUGUUGCAAAUCCCCAAGAUCUAACAGUGUCUUGUAAAACCAGAACAACAAAAGGCACCAUCCAAACUAAUACUGUCUCCCUAUGAAUUCCCAUUUCUGACCUCGGUGACUGGCAGGAAGUUCAACGCAGAGAUCUCUAUUUAUAUCAUUAGGAACAUCCAGGGAUAAAUAAAGUAAUUUGAGUCCAUAGGAAUUGACUGUAAAGCUGAGAACUUCACUCUCUGCUCAGGCUGUACCCAAAAACUACUCCCUGGUUUCAUGCAACUUCUCUCUGAAGCUAGCAACACAAGGAUCCCAGGGCAUGCUGGUUAAUCUUGCUGGACUCUGGGUCUCAGAUGCUUCUCAUUGACAGAUGCUCCCAAGCAGUAAGAAUUGAUGGAUCCCGUGCAGAAGGCCGUGAUCAAUCACACCUUUGGAGUGCCCUCCCCGCUCAAAAAGAAACAGUUCAUCUCCUGCAACAUUUGCCACCUCCGGUUCAACUCUGCAGGAAGUUGCAUCCAUUUACGACAGGGUGUUAAUCUGCCCAGUAGCAAGUACAGUGGCCUGCAGUUGGGACUCAUCUCCUCCGCUGCUGGGCAGAUAUGCCAUUGGAACCAGGCAGAGGCCCAUUAUAAAGGCCACAAACAUGCCCGGAGACUCAAAGCCAUAGAAGCCAUGAAGAACAAACAGAAAAUAGCAACAGCAACUGCCACCACCAGCCAGGAGAAGCCAGCCGAUUUCCCUGCCACCCUGGAUGGGAGCGGGGAUCCCAGCAGCACAGUCCAAGCCAACAGCCUUCUGGCGCUGAAGGAGCCAGAUGCCGAAUGCAGCAGUCUCAUGCUGACACCCACCUCAGAGGAGUCCUCAGCUGAGCUGCCCAGCAGCAUCCCAUCCCUGGUCUCCCCACCUGUUUCAGAGCUGUCAGAGGGUGCUUCGGAUGCCACCAGUGUGGCCUCUUCAGCAGCGCAGGGUGCUGAGCCCCAGGCAACAGAAUUGGCCAGCAGUGUGAGCUCAGCCCCUGACAGUGAGAAGGACGGGAAAAAGAGCAAGCCGCACCUCUACUGUCCCACCUGCAAAGUGACCGUCAACUCCCUGUCCCAGUUGGAGGCCCACAACACUGGAGCCAAACACAAGUCCAUGCUGGAGGGUCACACCACCCAGAUGCGGCGGGGCCGAGGCAAGGUCCUCUCCCGGGCAGGACACAAGUCCAAACGGAUUGGCAACAAGGGCAGCAUCAACAUCCAGAACAAGGCAUUCCACUGCCAAGUGUGUGAGAUCUACGUAAACUCGGAGACCCAGCUUAAACAGCACAUGAACAGCAGGAGACACAAAGACAGGCUUGCUGGGAAGCCGCCCAAACCAAAGUACAGCCCAUACAAUAAGCUGCAGAAGAACGCUGCCCUCGCAGUGAGUAUUCUCAAGUCCAAGCUGGCUUUGCAGAAGCACCUCACCAAAACCUUGGCGACCCGCUUUCUCCCAAGCCCGCUCACCACGGCAGCUGUGUGCGCCAUGCCCAGCCCCCUUGCCCUCCGACCAGCUGCUGCCACCACCCUCUUCCAGGCCCCGAUCCUUGGACCAGCACUCUUCCGAACCCCACCAGGCCACGUCCGUGCCACGCCGGGCCCCAUCGUCUUCGCGCCCUACUAGAAUCUCUCAGCCUCGAAGGCUCCAUCUGUUACAGACGUGGCUAAAACCCAGGGGAACUAUGCAGUAAGGGGCAACCCUCUUGGGGACAGGCGGUUGUCCUGAUGAAAGGGAAGAGUAUUUGUAACCCUCUUUCAAGGUUUUUCUUUUGCUCCUAGAGGCUUUAACAAGGUUUCUAGUGGACUAGAGGAUUCCCCAGCUGACACUUCUGACAACCCCAGCUGUGCACCCCUUACCCUCCACCUGCACCCCCACUCCCAACACCCAGCCUAAUUUGCCAUGCACUUGCUCAGUGGAACACAUCCCUGCAUGCAGCUGGAUUUGAUUCAGUGACAAAGAUAGUGCCAGGGCCACCAGCCCUUCUAGAAAACCCAUGUAUUCUCAUAGCUAGCAGGGGUUUCUGUCUUAGUUUAUCAUUCACCCCCUUUGACCCUUCAUAAUUAUUAAAGUCAGUCUCAUCAGGGCAAAGGGCUCAAGGGAUAGGAAGGGCAUCCAUCUCUGGCUGCCUGAUUCAAGGUCAGCUCAGCAUGGUAGCAGUUUCAAAAUCAUAGUUCCUGGCUGGCCAUUCUGCAGCCCAAUUGAGUGAGUCUGUGAGGUGGAUCUCACACCAGGUGUUAGCAGGACAGAAACCAGCCCCUUACUGCCCCUUCCUCAGAUGGAGCUGUCCUUCACGGAAACGUGCCUGCUGCACACCAGAGCAUGAGACCCAUUGGUGAAGAUUGAUGUCUCUGCUGCCCUGAUUCUGAGGCUGCAGGUGGAGCAUGAGUCUUCAGCUCUGUUAGCCUGGUACACUUCACCAGCCCCAAAUUCCUAGGAGAGAUAAACCGAGACAGACACGAGCCAGAUUCUGAUGGCAUUUUUGCUUCGGGAAUGAGUAGGGAACCCCAGGGCACCUUCAUAACAGAGUCCUCUUUCUUGCUCCCUUCAGAAAGCACAUUAUUUUCCACCAUAGCAACAGUGGAGCACAGUGGAGAGCAGCAAAUUUUGAGGGGUUGCCUAGUCUACUAGUUAGACAACAGAACUCUUGGGGUCAGUCCCAGGUCUGGAAGCAGUGUGGUCUAGGAGUUAGACAGCAGGACCGGGGGAGUCAGAACACCAGCGUUCUCUUCCCAGUUCAGUCCAGAGGUGUGGUGUGACAGUAAGAGAACAACCUCUUAUCCCUGAGUUCUGUUCCCAGCUCUGCCACUGACUCCCCGUAUGCCAAGGUGUUCACCUCUUUGUGCCUCAGUUUCCCCCCCUACUAAGCAGGGGAUGAGUCUGUCCCUACCUCACGGGAGAAUGCUGUGAGGCUGAGCAAAGGUUCCUAAAGUGCUCGGUGGUUCUCCAAUAAAAGGGGCUGAGGAAGGACAAAGUAUUAUCAUUAUUCACAGGUCAGCAAACUACCUGCCCCCAUCAAAUCAGGAGCUUCCAAGGAGUUACUAUCUGCCCUAUAGGAAUCAGAGGUGCCCUGGUUACAGAAUCCAGACAAUCAAGAAUAAAAGAGCAGAUGCAUUGAAUAAACCCUUGGCCCUCUCCCUCUAAUGCUCUCCUUGCAGCUUGCAGAACUUGGGGCCCUGGCAGGGCAGUGGAGGAGUCAAACAGAAGAAAACGCAGGAGGAAUUGUUUUCUAUUUCACUGUGUUAAAAGAUCCGGCAAUGACCUGGUCUAAAAACCAUUCACAGGGCGCCCGGGGCCUCUGCCCACCUGUCUCCCUAGUGCACCCUGUCAGUAGAAACUGGUAGGAAGGUGGCAACCCCAACAGACGUUGUGCCGGAAUGACCACCCAUCCUGAUCUAUGCAAAUCCAAAUGGAGCAACCCGGCCACCAUGUGACCCUGUCUGCGUUCUACUUUGGUGCUCAUUCUGUCUGCGCACUGAGGAGUGUCAUUUGAAAUGGAAUUCAAUGAUGCAGCACUUAGAAAGAACCAUGUAGGUGCUUCCCAGAGAGCCUCGACUCCCUAAGCCCUGACAUAGGUUCCCAGCACAGGAGCUGCCUGGUGCUGCCCUCUAGAAGGCCCCUGGGGCCCCAGAGACAGGCCAGGGGCUCAUAUGUGCAUCCGGAGACCCACAAGCACAUGCUUAAGAUGUCUUGAUUUUGAAGGAGAAAGGAAAUGAGUUUCAGGAGGUAUUUGCUACUGUGUAGGCAGGGCCCUGCUAGGCUGAGCAGCAGGACACUGCCCUGACACUAGCUCUAAGGAGCCCAGGUUGCUGUGUUCCUAAUUUAUGGAGCAUAUGGGUCUGCUUCAGCCUUCUCCUCCCUGACCUGCUGCUUCUCCUCAGGCUGUAGGGGCUCCUGGAGGUGCCUGUUUCCAGUCCUGCUGUUGGCCAAGAGGGCAUCAGUCACACCUGUACAGCAGUCCCUCCUCUGCUUUUGUAGGGGCCUUCAGUGCCACUGUGCAGACCUCUGCCACUUGAGCAGAAGUAGAUUGUUACUGUCUCUCACACAAGGCAGUAGAGGGGUAACAGGAGCACAUAGCAAGGGCACUGGAGGCUUGGGCUGAAUGUGGUUGUGGGAAGCGUAUCAUCUCCCCCUGCCCCUGUUCAAAGGAAAGGGAGCUGGUGCAGUAGAUGGGCCCAGAGGUGGGGAGCAGCUUGAGGGGGGAAAGAGGGACCUGGCAGGCAUUGUGUGGGAGGGGAAUGGGAAAGGAGACUCAACUAGGGGCUGAGUGCUGGGUGGCUGACCCUGCUGGGAAGGCAUUUGAGGAUGCCUGGACAAGGGGAAUUGUAUUUUUUGCUAGUUUUCCUGGGUGCCUGGGGAUGGAGCUCAGGGUUGAUCUUUUUUGUUUGAUAUUUGGCUUUCCAUAUUUCCCGGGGAGCUUUGCAACCCGCCUCAUUUCACCCUACCCCAAGCCUCCUGGGAUGAAUUACCCCUUCAGAGACCAGCAACCCACCUGUACCCCCAGCCCCACAGAGCUCAGCACAGCAGAGGCAAGCUCUCAGCCAGGCGCCUGCCCAGGGAGCUGGUCUAUGCAGCAGAGUUGCAAGGAAACAAAGCCAGCUAGAGAAAUAGGUCCCCCCCGCCCCAAGUUGCAGUCCCUUCUUUCCACUCCCUACAAAGCCCAGAGCAGGUGUAGGGCCUGCCAUUGGGCAAAGCCUCCCCUUCUAAGCCAUGGACAGGACAAUGCGAUGGAAACCCAGCAUUUUGCUGAGAUGCAUCCCAGAGAUCUUCUAAUGCCCAUCAGCCCCCAGGUAGCCUGAGUAUCCCCCACUUUCACAGCCUUCUCUGUGCCUCUGCUUUGCUCACUCUGCCCUACACACUACCUGAGUGGCCCUCCUAGCGCCCUGUCCCCCAUGCACACACAGUGCUGGCUUUGAGAAUUCAGGAAGCAUACAGCUUUAGCCAGGCUCCUCCUUAUGAGAGACCCCAAAAAGCACCACAGUGGUCUCCCCUCACAAGCCCCCCCAGGCUGUGUUGUUGACACCUGUGCUGGACUUUCCUUUGGAGCCAGUGAGUCACCUAACGGUGCCAGGGCCUGAUAUACUCAUACACUCGGCACUUUAACCCCUUUAAAGCCAUUCCUUCUACGAAUAAUACUGCGAUGAGCUGCUUGAAACCACGUGCCCCCAUCUCCUACGCUCCUGCACCACCAGAGUCCCCCUGUCUACUCCUAUGCUCUCCAAAGCAUUAACUGCCUUUGACUUAGCAUAUACUGUAGUAGCUGUAGGGCGUAGUGCGUAGCUCUCGACAACGUGUGCCCCUCUGUACAUAACCUUGGAGUGAUGUGAACAAUGUUUGAUUAAACAGAAAUAAAAGAAACCAAACCUCACACACAAAAUAAAGACUCUAGGGACUUGGCCAGUAUCUCCCCUCCACCCCUCUGUACUGUUCACUGUAUAUUUUUUGAUGUACUAUAACUGUUGGGGAAAAAAAAGGAAAAUAUUUUGAUAAUCAAAUCUCAUCGCUUUAUUGUGUUACUCAGUAAAUAAAAGGAACAAGUAUAACUGA